CGCAGCUCACAGUUGCGCGCUCCACUCCACUCCGCGCCGGCAUCUCGUGCCAUCUCAAUCACUCCUAAACACCGCCUUUCGUGGGAGGCAACAUUAGACACCGGCUCAACUUACGUACUUCGCUGUUGUCUCACAUCGUACACAUCUCUGCUAAGGUUUCCUCCAGGUGUUUCUACAUGCGCUCAAAAUAAUAACUGUGUGUGACACAAGGAGAUUCUGCCGCCGCGGCGUUAACAGGUAGCCAAGGGAACUGACAUAACUGAAUAAUUUGUUAUCGAUAUCCCAGGAACACAGAAUACUCCUAAAACUCAUCGAUCAUCCGCUGGACUGACACGCUCUCUGUAAGGAGGGAAUCUUUCUCACGGAUUUGAUGGAUGUUUGAUCGGUUGGUGAUGCCAAUUUAUAUCAUCGACCGGAAAUUUCCAGAGACACCUGGUGAGUUUCUACAGGCCACCCCAGAGGGAGAGCACACCAUGGCCGACAACAACACUCAGAAAAAAAAGCCCCGCUGGACCUCACUGGAGAUUGGGCUCAUUACGAUUGUAUGUCUGCUUUUUGUCAUUAUUGUGGCCCUCAUCAUCCUCUUCAUCACACAGAACGACAAAGAUGAAGUCUGCACAACAGCUGACUGCACACAAUCAGCAUCUCGACUUAUUGAGAACAUGGACCCCACGGUGAAUCCAUGCGACAACUUCUACCAGUACGCAUGUGGUGGCUGGCUAAAGAAGAAUAUCAUACCUGAGACCAGUUCACGUUACAGCACCUUCGACAUCCUCAGAGAUGAACUGGAGGUGGUACUCAAAGGAGUGCUGGAGCGAGAGGACAGUGGAAGCAGCAGCUCAUUAGCUAAAGCCAAGAUCCUCUACAAAUCCUGCACCAAUGAGAGCUUCAUUGAACAGAGAGGAGGCUCGCCUCUGCUGACAAUGCUGCCAGAUGUCUUUGAGUGGCCCAUAGCAACAGAUGAUUGGGACACCGCAUACGGAACGAACUGGAGAGCAGAAGAUGCAAUAGCCAGACUGAAUGAGAAAUAUGGAAAGCAAGUCCUAAUUAGUUUUUUUAUCGGUACAGAUGACAGAAACUCCAAUGCACACAUCAUUCAUUUCGACCAGUCCAGUCUUGGCUUAUCCUCAAGAGACUACUAUGUGUGCACUGGGGCCUAUGAAGAGGCCUGUGUGACAUAUGAGAACUUCAUGACUAACUUGGCAAAGCUCAUCAGAACUGACCGAAAACUGGAGGUUAAUGACACUAAUAUCAGAGAAGAGGUUUCUCGGGUGAUGAUGAUGGAGAAAGAAAUUGCUAAUGCAACGGACACACCAGAAGAUAGAAACAACCCAGUUCUGCUUUAUAACAAGAUGCCUCUAGAGACACUGAAUACCAACUUCACUCUAGAGUUUGAAUCCAGGGAGUUCAACUGGACUUUCUUCACUAACAAAAUAAUGGACACAGUGAACAUUCCUGUCACGGACAGAGAGGAGGUUAUUGUGUACGCCCCUAACUACCUUAAGAGGCUCAAACCUGUCCUUGCCAAGUAUACAAAGAGAGACAUUCAAAACUACAUUGUGUGGCGUUUCGUCAUGAAUCUGGUGGUUGGUUUGAGCAGGCCAUACAGGGAGACCAGGAAACCCUUCAGAAAGGCUAUCUAUGGGACCAUCUCUGAAGCAGCAGUUUGGAGGCAGUGUGCCAUCUACGUCAACAGCAACAUGGAAAAUGCCGUGGGGAGAUUGUACGUGGAAGAUGCCUUUUCUGGAGAUAGCAAAGACAUGAUGGAUGAGAUGAUUUCUAACAUCAGAGAGGUGUUUGUGAGUAACCUGGAUGAUCUAGCCUGGAUGGACGCUGAAACUAAGAAAGCUGCAGAGGAGAAGGCACGAGCAAUCCGAGAAAGAAUUGGUUUCUCAGAAAACAUAAUGAAUGACACAUUCUUGGACCAGGAGUACCAAUACUUAAGCUACAAUGUAGAUGAAUACUUUGAGAACAUCAUGAGGAGCUUGGAGUUUGUCCAGAAAAAACGCUUGAAGAAGUUAAGAGUGAGAGUGAACAAAGACGAGUGGAUGACAGGAGCUGCAGUGGUCAAUGCAUUCUACUCAUCAAACAGAAACCAAAUAGUAUUUCCUGCAGGCAUUCUUCAGCCUCCUUUCUUUGGUAAAGGUCAGCCCUGGUCUCUUAACUACGGGGGAAUCGGGAUGGUCAUCGGACAUGAGGUCACUCAUGGCUUCGAUGAUAACGGACGUAAUUUCGAUAAAGAUGGUGACCUCAAAGACUGGUGGACCCCAUCUUCGACUCAGAAUUUCCAUGAGCUUUCAAAAUGCAUCGUGGACCAGUAUGGAAGCUUCUCUUGGGACCUGGCAAAUGGACAAAAUCUAAAUGGGAAUAAUACUCUUGGGGAGAACAUCGCUGACAACGGGGGCAUUCGACAGUCUUAUCAGGCCUAUCAGAACUACGUGAAGAAGCACGGAAAGGAAGCUCCUCUGCCUGGUAUAGACCUCAAUCACGAGCAACUCUUUUUCCUCAACUUUGCACAGGUGUGGUGUGGAACACACAGACCAGAGCAUGCUGUCAACUCCAUCAAAACUGAAGUUCACAGUCCAGGGAAGUUCAGAGUUCUUGGGUCAUUACAGAACUUCCCAGAGUUUGCCAAAGCCUUCCAGUGCCAGAAAAAUGACUAUAUGGUGCCUGAAAAGACUUGCCGGGUGUGGUGAUUACUGGUGGACAGGAUGAUGAGGGUUUUAUUGAGGGCCUGUGGUCCGUAGACUCUCUCAACACUCAGUAUUAAAUCACCAUAGCAGAAGCUGUAUUCUCAACAGGGUAAGCUAGGGUCGCUAUACUCAACUCCAUCGGCGCACUUGAGCCAUACACAGAGAGGGGGAGCUGUCUCAAUACAAACCUACGUAUAAGCAACAGGCAGUUUUAGUUUGUAAGAUCGUUACCCAAUCCAUGGCUCUUACUGUUCGCAUACAAUAUGUCAAAUCUAAGGUGACGGUUAUGUAGAGGUCUUUUUUUAUCGCAUUAUGUUAAUUUCAAGUAAAACUGUGAAUUGGAAAUAUCAGUAGCAUUAAGUAUAUUCAUAUUUAUCGCAACAUCGGUAUACUGUACGUCAACUGCUUGUAUCAACAUCGGUCAUCCAGAAUAGAUUCACUAAGCUAUACGCCACACAGAUAUGCCAAGAAAUAUUAUGUGUAAUACAAUGGGAGUUGACAGUUAUUUCAAGAAAAAUGUUUAUGUAUAUUCAUUUAUUUCAAAAGAAGUGAUUUAUCUAAUUUGUAUACAGCACAAUGGAAUUUAAAAUAUCUAGACUUGUUUGUAAUUUGUGAUUUCCUUAGAAAAUUGUCAUAAGGAUCAUAAAACAUUAUACUUAAGAAACAUUUAUAUACAAUAUAUCCGAAUGUUUGAUCUGGAAAUCCCGAACUGUCUCAUGACACCAGUUACGGUGUUAGGAAAGGGGUCUGCUUACAUUAUUUGAAUGUGUUUGGCAUGCGAGUUUGUCCAAUUUUGUUUGUUUUUCAUUUUCCAUUGUAUGUGCUGGCCUUGAUUUUUGCUUGUAUGAACGGGUGUGCUUGUGACAAACAAUCUGCAGCCUCUCCAGCUUUAUCGACUAAAAACAUCUGUUGAUGUUGAAUGAAGGCUACAAGGCCAAAUUAGUUCUAUUGAGACCAAUCCAUGCACACAAUGGAUUUUUAAUGCCAAAGAUUUUUACAAUUGCGUUCUGUGAUAUUGUGUUUGUCUGAAAAAACUGAUACAGUAACAGUUUCUAAACACCUGGGCCAAACAUGCAGAAAUGCUAGCUUGUUUCAACCCAUUGUUGGGUAAAAUAUGACAAAACCAACCGUUCUGUUAUAAAGUAACUAUGGUUUAGUAACAACAACCGAUUUUGUCCAUAUUUUCACAACAAUGGUUUGAAAAAACAACAGUUUUAAGAGGGUACCCUUAGUAUAUUCAUAAGCAAUGGCACAUACUGCCAAAUGGAUUAAACUUUUUAUUUUACUUCCUUUAUUAAAGUUAUAGUUCGCCCAAAAGUAAAUAAUCAGUCAUCAUUUACUCACCUCAUGUCGUUUCAAACCUGUUUGAUUUUCCUUCUUCCGCAGAACACAAAAGAAGAUCAUUUUAAGAAUGUUGGUAACCCAUUCACUUGCAUUGGUUUGUGAAGUGAAUGGGUGCCGGUGCUGUUCGCUUACCAUCUUUCUUCAAAAUAUCUUCUUUUGUGUUCUGCGGAAGACAGAAAGUCCUUCCGGUUUGAAAUAACUAGAGAGUAAAUAAUGACAUGCAUUUUUGGGUGAACUUUCCCUUUAAAACUGAUAUAUUGUGAUUUGUUAGUGAUUAGUUACAGUUUUAAUGUUUUUGAAGAAGCGUAAGUAUUUCUUUUGGGAGGCAUUGGUUAAAUACAAAAUACAUAAAUUACCUUUUUUUUCCAGAAAGCUUUUUUGUGCUGUGUCAAAAACACCACAAUUAAAAAAAAUCAUGUUUGUCCAGUGGGCAACUUAAUGCUUUCGAACACUGCUUAGUCCAACACCACCAAAAUCUCCAGAGACAGAUAUACCUCAGAUGCCUGUAUUUAGAUACUUUGUAUGAAGCAAUCCUCUAAAGAGAAAUUUGUUUUCUUAAUAAACUGUCAAUGUAAAACCUG